AUGUCAAAAAGCUCCAAAGGAAGUGCUCGUAGCAUGGCGAGUGGCAUUAGUCUCCAAAGUCAUUGGGACAUGGUUCAACGAGCGAAGAAAAAUUCCGCGAAAAAACGCAAAAAGACACCGAAAAAGAAGGAACCUGUCAUGGAUUUGACUCGAUAUCCGUUCUACGAAAAAUAUCAAAUGCCUUAUUUCAUGGUUUGUCGUCAACGUUACCAAGACUCCAAAAAAAAGUAUGACGAACAAUUUUUGUACGAAUUGAAGAUGCAAGAAGCGAUGCAACCCUCAGCUUACGAUGCCAUGCGAUUUCAUCGUCAUUUUAUCAUCACCACACUUUGGCCGCCACUUCAUACCAGAAAAGAAAUCGACAUGACGCUCAAAAUGUACGAUCUGGAUCCGAAGCAGAAGAAGCGCUUGCGAGAAUUGAUGGAUGAGAAAUUAGCAUAA